AUGCCGGCAACACGCAAGCGCAAAGGCUCGCCCAGCCUCGACGAGAGCGAAGACCCGGCCAAGCGACGAUUUGCAGAAAGCGAGCAAGUAGCAGCAGCCGAAGCGCCAACAGCGGGAGGACCACCGGUUGCUCAGGAAGCGCAAGAGACGCCGGCAGAACAGUCAGAGGCAGAACCAGCACCCACGGAAGAAGACGCAGCACCAACACCACCCGCAAAUGACCGCGCCGCCAGAUUCGCCGCUCUCCGCGCCCGCAACGCCGCCAGCCGCAAAUCAAAUCUUGCAGAAACCAAAAACGAAGUCCACCGCUCCUCCGUCGACCCCUCACAAUUAACAUCCCUCAACCGCAAAAGGGACAUCGCACAGCUCAAACUGCUCAAAGCAGAAGUAGGAGAAAGCGGCGCCGACUUCGAACGCAAGCGAGCCUGGGACUGGACAAUCGAAGAGAGCGAGCGCUGGGACGAGAAAGUGGCCCAGAAGAAAGCGAAUCGCGACAAGAAUGCCUUUCAGGAUUACAACCAAGAAGCUGGCAAAGUCUACGAGCGUCAGUUGGGCCAAAUGCAAAAAGGCGGCUUCGACGAGAGAAUGCAGGCGUAUGAAAAAGACAAACGGGACGCGAUUGAUCGGGCGGUGCAGAGCGGUGGGCUGGAAGUCGUUGAGACUGCAGACGGGGAGUUGAUCGCCGUAGACAAAGAUGGCAGCUUCUACAGCACUGGCGAUAGCUCGACGUUCACGAAUAACAAGCCCACGAAAGAUGCGGUGGAUCGGCUAGUGGACGAUAUCAAGAAAGCGGAGGAGAUGCGACUGAAGAAGAGGAGGGAGCGGGGACGGCCUGAUGAGGACGGACAGGAUGUUACGUACAUCAAUGAGAAGAACAAGCAGUUCAACAUGAAGCUGGCGAGGUUCUAUAAUAAGUAUACGGCGGAUAUUAGGGAGAGCUUUGAGAGGGGUACUGCCAUAUGA